UCCUGUCACAGCACACAAGGGAAUGAAGAGGAGGGGGACACACAUGACGAAAUCAGACAAAGCACUGUACAAAGACUGGCAAGGAACGGAAGGAACUCGCAGACAGCAAUACGAAGGGAACAAUACAUGGGAAUAGAUAGGAUGAUGUGUUGUUUAGCAGUAACUUAGUAGGGUAUGCAAGAAAGGUAGAAGAAGGUCCUUAGACAAAGUCAGGAGGCGCACAAAAUAUAAAAUACAAGUUAGCAGAACUGAGGAAGGGAGUAAGAUUUGAGAAGCAAAAACAGCAUCGAUCUUAACUGACGGUUUGAGGAGUUUUUUUAAUGUUGGCUGUUGCAUGAUACAUAAAUGAUGCAUUAAAUUAAAUGGAUGUAAUCAAACUAGACUGGGAGAAAGAUUGGAGAAGAUUCACCUUAUUAAAUGAAGAGAUAACGUGGCAUACGUACAGUAAGGUUGGGUUGUAAUUUACCGGGCGGUGUACUGAUACUCGCAAAGCAGGUUGGACUAGAGGCAUAGGGGGAUAUAAAGAUAUUAGACAAGAAGAGACGAAAAUUUGCCAAAAGCAAGACCAGCCAAAAUACAAUGAUGCUGUACACUGAGGGGCUGCUUUACAUAUAAAGAAUACCUGAUAACUUACCGGUUCUACAGUCAGCAGAGGCACAGGGAAGAUGUGCUAAGCCGUGAACUGUAGGGUUUAUAGCGAAGAAGUUUUACACAAGCGAUAGAGUAGUGAAGGGGGAGGAGGGAGUAUACAGCAGGACACCUGGAUAUGGCCGAUGGCACAGAAUACAAGAAACAGCAAAUACCCACAUACCCGAGAUAGGACAGGCAUUGUAACUACCAUAUUGAGUUAGAAUAAUCGCUGAUUUGGAUUUGGCGAGAAAAACCACCCCGACUCAUCUCCGUCCUUUAGACAAAUGUUUAGAGACGUGUUGACUGUCUGCAUUAGGAGUCGGUCGCCUGUUGUCCCAAUCCCCUUUUGGAGAAGGGGGUUUAAGGAUUUAUAGCCUGAUUGAUGCAAAAGUUGUCCUGCCGUGGUGUGCGGAGUGAAGAAAAGCGGCUCAGCAGUGUCCAUGAACAGGGGUGACUCGAUUGUUUCUUGCACAUUUGCUGACUUCGUUUUCUGGGCGUGAUGGGCUUUCUGAGGAUCUUCGCAUUCCUGUGUCUGGCAGGGAGUUUCCAGGUGACUCGGUGCACUUUCCACAAUGACUGCCUUGCGGCAGAGAAGUCAUGCAUUGCAGAUGCAGUUUGUAGCACAGCAUACAGCACUUUACAAAGCUGUCUUACUGCCACUGGGGAUAUCAGCCUGCUCUCACCCGAUAAUCAAACUGAAUGUAAGACUGCACGAAUAACUCUGCAGCGCUCUCAUUUCCAGAACUGUCGCUGUCAGCGAGGAAUGAAGAAAGAAGAACAAUGCCUUAAGAUCUACUGGGACAUCAAUCCCGGCUUUACAACACACGGCUUUCUAGACAUGGAGUUUGAUUCAUCACCUUAUGAGGAAGCUGUAGUCCGAGAACCAUGGCAAGGAAUAGAUUACACCCAAGUAGCAGCUCUGCUUUCAGGACCUGGAGAUGCAGCCAACCCUUGCUUGUACGCUGCUGACAUCUGUAGCCAUGAUGAAAAGUGUGCACAGCAUCGCUCAGCAUACGUCUCCACCUGUAACCGCAAGGGCAACAAUGGCCAUAGCUGUGACAGACGUCGUUGCCACAAGACUCUGCGUCAUUUUUUUGAGAAGGUGCCACAAGACUACAGCCUUGGAGUUCUGCUUUGUUCUUGUAAAGAUGAUCCAUGUGGUGAGCGUCGACGGCAAACAAUUGUCCCUGGAUGUUCAUUUGAGGAGGAAGAGAAGCCAAACUGCUUAUACUUGCUGGAAGAAUGCAACAAAGAAAAUAUCUGCAGGUCACGACUGGCCAAUUUUAAACAGAACUGCCAGAUGUCUGGGAAGUCAGAAAGUGGUUGCCUGCAGCAGAAUCUCCUGGCGUGUUUGAUGUCCUAUGUUGGAAUGAUAGGAACAAUCAUGACACCAAACUAUAUCAGUAACAGUAGCCAAGAAGUUUCCUUGUGGUGUUCUUGUGAUAGAAGUGGAAACCAGAAGGAAGAGUGUGACAAGAUUCAGCACAUGUUUGCAUCUAACAGCUGCUUUCGAAAUGCAGUGGAGUUUUAUAUGAAUCCAAAACAGGAGGCAGGAGAAAAGCAUAACCAACACGUUUUUGCCACUCCUUCCAGUUUUCAACAGGAUGAUAUUGCUGUUAUACUCUCCACUGACGUAAACCAGGUGGCUGCUAAAGAGGCAAAAGUGAAACAUUUGGACAUAGAAUCCCCCCAGUCAGAGGAAGCAGCAAAAGCUGUCGUUCCUGCUGGUGCUGCUGAGAGGGCACUGCCCUGCCCAUUUUUGGUGCUGUCUUUACAUAUUGCAUUAUGUUUGCUAUGUGUCGUGUAAUCAUAUCAUUCCGGAAUGUGCAGUCAUCAGCCAUUACAAGUUCAGAGCUCGUCUUGUGUUCAGACGAUCCGUACCCUGUACAUCACAGUGAUCUGGGAAUAUAAAAUGCAGCUAUAUUCUGCUUCUGUUUUUCAGUAUAGAUGCACAAGACACUGCCACUAUAUUAUUCUGACAGCAGCUUACAUCACAGUUUUGUUCCAGUCAUGUAUGUAAAGCCCAAAACAGACAAAAUAGGACAAAUGGGCAGCUAGACGUGCAAUAAGUGUUGAAAAGUAUACUCUUACUAUUCAGAAACAGAACUGCACUUGCUUUAAUGAUAAAUAUUAAUGUAUCGCUUUUUUUAUUUGCAUAUAAUUCUACUCUUUCUGCUACUGAGCUGACAGAAAGAUGAUAGGGUCAUUAAUCUAUCCCUAAAAAGUCCAGGUGAGUUAUAAACUGUUGUGUGUUCCUCCUGGGGAUAGUAGUCCUGAAUCUAGGAUGUAGACCAUGUCUACAACUCUCAGCUAAAAACCUUCACUGGUUGCAUCAGUUUUUUUUUCUCAGCUGUCCAUUAUAUGUUACUUCAAGAAAGGAUCUUCUGUUACAAUGGUGUCUGUGGACUACAAAAGAGCUGUUGUGCUAAAGUUGGCCUCUUUCUUCUACACUUUGCGCACUUCUCCAUAACCUGUGCACAUGUUUAGUGGUGUGUUUCUGUCAUAUGAUCUGCUCCUUUUGGCACAGAUUUAAAUACAUAAUUCAAUCUACAUAUGUUUAUGUUUGCAGAAAAUUUUCAUUCCUUGAACUGUGGACAUAAAACAGGAAAAUUGCACCUAGAUCUUUUUUUGUCCUUUAAGCAUCUCAGUUGAUGAAGCUUUAACUGUCAUAGACCAUAGGAGCCACAGGAGAGCAAAAGAAACAAACAAAAAAAGCUCUGAGUUGGCAGUAUGGUGGAGAUAUUUUGUUAAUAAGGAUCCUGAUUUUAAAGUUGACGACAUAAGAAGUACAAAUGUACCUCCUUUGCCUUACGCUGCUUAAUAGUUCUUCUCAGUGGCACACAGCACUAAUGGAAGUUGGAGUAAAAGCAGUGGAUGUUAUUUCCUGUUUUUUUUUUUUUUUUAAGUUCGUUGUAGACAUUCUGAAAACAAUUUCUGCAACUAACAUUGUAGUCUCUGUUUCAGUGAUUUGCAUUAAAAUUUGUAGUGAAUAUUGCAGAUUGUUAGAUUUGUGCAAUAGUCCAUCAACAGCUAUCUUUAUUUGGGGCCAGUGUAUGAGUGAAGUGGAGUGAAAUCAAAUAGAAAAUCUAGUUUACAACUUGAGGUUGUUGUUGUAACUUUGUAAUUUGUCGCAUUUGGUAAUGUUUUUCUUAAUGUGAGCUAAUCUUGGGAAGGGGAAAAUUAUGUCUAAUCCUUCAUGUAUACACAUAUUUUGUCAGUGUACUAUUACCUUGCCAUGUAGUAUUCCGUGACAUCUCUGUGAAAUAAAUGGCUUUUGGACUUCUUAGUGUUCGAUUAGUACACAGAA